AUGGGGUUCGAUGUGAACCGCUUCCAGGGCGAAGUUGACGAGGAACUUGUUUGUCCAAUAUGUUCUGGAGUGCUAGAGGAUCCUGUUCAGGUAUUAUCUUUAUUCCGUUCGUUUAUUAUUGAACACUUCCAAUAAGUAAAUUUCAUGCGUAUACGGAAAACCAACCUAACUUUUCUGCCUUCUUUCUUUCAUCGUUUCUAUAAUUGUCCUAUUUUCCAUUGACUAGUAUGUUCGUUGUUGUCGAUUAUUUUUAUACGUCGUAUUAUUUAAAACGAUCGAAUUUAUUAAAAGACGCGUGAAAAUUUCAUAUUGAUUAUAUAAUGUUAGUUAUAUUUUUACAACUUCCGUUCUGUCAAAGUAUUUGUAAUUACUAUCCUUUCGAUUUCUUUUUUUUACAAUGACGUAAAUAAUAUAAAUAAUUGUAUUGCAUAAGUUAUUCGACGUAUUAUUUUAUAUUGGUUAUGUAUUUUUACAUAUAGUACUAAGUUUUGUGAAAGUGUAGUUUGGCUUAAAGACUUGUAGGUGAGCAAUAUGUUACAGGCACCUGUAUGUGAACAUGCCUUUUGUCGUACAUGCAUUAAUGAAUGGAUAAACAGACAACCCACUUGUCCAUUGGAUCGCACACCAAUUACAUCUGCUCAGCUUAGAGCAGUCCCAAGAAUUCUUCGGAAUCUGUUGGCCCGCCUUUGUAUUAGUUGUGAUAAUAUUAUGUACGGAUGUCAAGUAGUAGUCAAGCUUGAUAGUUUAGUGUCACAUUUGGAACAAUGUGAAUAUAAUCCCAAGAGACCAAUGCUUUGUGAACAAGGAUGUAGCCUUAUUAUUCCCAAAAACGAGUUAAAAGAUCACAAUUGUGUGAGAGAGCUCAGAAAUAUUAUACAUUCGCAGCAACAAAAACUUGCUGAUAUGAAACGUGAAUUAGGUGAGCAACAACUUCAAAUAAAUGAACACAAGAGGGAAAUACAUCUUUUAAAAGAUUUCAUGAGAGCAUUGAGAGUUUCAAAUCCUGCGAUGCGUGCAAUUGCUGAUCAGAUGGAAAGAGAUGAUGUUAUAAGAUGGUCUGCUACUCUUCCUAGAGCAAGAGUAACAAGAUGGGGAGGAAUGAUUUCUACUCCUGAUGAAUUGUUGCAGACAAUGAUAAAGAGAACUUUGUCAGAAUAUAAUUGCCCACCUCAUAUAAUCGAUGAUUUAAUGGAAAAUUGUCACGAAAGGAAAUGGCCUCCAGGCUUAAAUUCGCUUGAAACCAGACAGAAUUCUAGAAGACUAUAUGACAAUUAUAUUUGUAAAAGAGUCCCUGGUAAACAAGCAGUGUUAGUUCUUUUUUGUGAUAAUACCCAUAUGCCAGAAGACAUGAUGGUUGAACCUGGAUUAGUGAUGAUUUUUGCACAUGGCAUAGAAUAA